AGGUCAUCGGCGACGCUGCGUUUAACUCCACUUACACAUUCUCUGUUGUUUUGCUACUGCACUUUUUUUUCCUCCCAAUAAACUACGCCUUUUCCAAGCUAAAGGAAUAGCACCAGCAUGCCUCGACUUGCAUCGCUGCGUCUUUGUCGAUCUGCGCCGUCCACCUCACCACCGAAUAGGUGACCCCCCUCUUCCUCAUAUCAUUCCUCUAUUGCUCGAGAACGCUGCUAGUCAGGGGUGGUUUUCCGGUGCUUGGAGGGGGGCUUACCUCUCCUCUGCACGCCCUCUCCAGAAAGAAGAGAAGGGGAAGGUAGCGGAAAGCAAGCGGUGGGUGCGACCCAUUGGGCCCGCCUUCGUCGCUUAGCGUGUAUCAGCUGUCUGUGUGCGCGCCAGAGAAGCAGCUACUCCAAAAAGGCGCUGGGAGGCAGAGCACGGCAGUGGGGUGUUCGAGACGCAGCAUCGCAUCUACGCUCCCCUCACGGCACUGCCGUCGAAUCCGUUGACACCGGACACGAAGAGAGCUUUGGGACAGGGAAGUAGAGCACAGCAGAGCUGACAGGGAACACAAGAACAACGAGAGGACUCGUCAGACGACUUGCCGGGCGAUAUUGCGCCGUACACGAACUACAGGCGCGCUCGAUUGCCAUCGCUUAUCCCCCUAUCGUUGUUGUUUUACUUUUCCUUUUGUACGUUGGUGUGUGUGUGUGUGUGUGUUCUCUCGCAAUAGAAACAUUUCGGGUACUCCCCAUAACUGCGUCGAUUCACUUUGCACGUCACAUAUGUUUGUUGUUUUUUUGAAUACUAUUAAUAUUAUUAUUUUCCGUAUUUUAUUCCAAGAUCUCUCGCUUGUUUGCCGACCAAUACCUUCGCACACCCACACGCACAGCACUUCGCCAGUCUUUGUGUCAGUGGUUUUAGCGGUGCUGCAUGCACGGGCGAUAGACGCGACUGAUCUGUACGUCCAUAGAGUCAAGGAAGAGGGAAAGCAUUCAGCCGCUUCUCCCGUUUUAUAUUUGUCAUUUCUGACUUGAGAGCAGAGAUAGAUUUUUUGCAGACGAAAAGAUUUGUGUUCUUUCUUUUGCGAGAAGACGUACCCCUUUCAUUACUAUUAUUCGUUUAUUAAAAGCGACGCUGGUACGCAUGGGUAUUCUACAAAUACUCUUGUGGAGCUAUCACCACCUUCGUGGCGUUGCAGCCGUUUCCGCCUCCGCAUCUCGCGCCGCGUCACAUCUCUCUUCCCCGGUUCUCAUCUCAACUCUGUCCACUGCGACAGCAUGCUCUCCCUCUUCCUUGACUCUCGACGUUCGUGUGCCUGCCAGUAGGGCAGACGAGCGCACACGUCUCCUGCGCUGCCUCCCGCAACUUUCACCUGGUGGACACUGGAAGCGGAGGAAGAGAAGAAGGAGCGAGAGAGGAAUCAGCGUUGACGAGAUACGUAAUGGAGAUGUGGCGGGGUGUAGAAGAUGCAGCGGUGCGGGUGUGUACUGGCUUCCAUGCACGGCGGUGGCCCUGUCCCGCGCGUGCGAAGGAAAACUCGAAGCUUCACAAGCACCUGAGUCUACCACCCACGUUAGCGGAAGUAUUCGUACGGUGCCUUUUCCGAAGCAGAUACCGACCUCGCGCCUUCGCCUGUGCCACGAAGACUUGCAGCGGAAUGCGGUGUCAGCCACGGCGCUCAGCAUCCGCCGGUACCACACAAACUCGGCAGGAGACGGCCUCAUGACCUCCAGCACGUGCAGCAGCACGACAGAGGCAGAAGGAGGCGCGCCGUCGUUGUUGGGCGAUAUUCUUCGCCGUCUCGACGAUGUCGCGGUGGACACAGAGUCUUGUCCUGUGCCGCCUGCGGAAGUCACGAUGGAUUCUACGCCAGCAAGCCCGCACGGACGAGAAAAGAAGGCCGCCUACGUCCCACUGCUCUUUCGCUCCGACUUUAUGCGCUCUGCGGCGCUACGCGGACAUCAUCAUCCAUCUGUUCCACUGCACACGGGGACUGCGCCGGUGGUGUCUGCGGUGCGCAUCGCCCCCGCACGUCCUGAGCUCGCAUCACCGGCAGCCUCGUUAUCAGCAACAGCGACGCAGCAACCGCCUGUGCCGCUGUCGAGUGCCGCCUCCGCACCCUCUCCCCAUUGGAUGCCCACGACAGCGAGGGAGGCGCCAUCCGAAGACGAAUGUCCCGACGAGAAGGCCGCGCCGCAGCCUGAAAGGGUAGGAAGGCAACAUCACACCACCGCAGCCACCAUCACGAAGGCACGCAACGAUGACGACGACUCUGCGGAAGCGCCGCGAACCUCAGCACACGAUGCAGACACCGUAUGUACGCGCGAAGGCGACGCCGCGGUAGCCACAGCAGCGACGGCGGUCACGUCCUCCGCGGAAAUGGACGGACAGGACACUCACGAUGAACGUCAAGCGGACGGCCUUGACGAGGACGACGUGGUUGUGGAUGCAAACAUGAACUGCUCUGGUGCGCCACAACCUGCUUCAUCGGCAACCUCGCGUCACCGUCGCUCGCACAAGCUGAUUCUGGACCCGGUUGAGUGGCUUGCCCAAGCCGCUGAUGCCCCGCUGAUGGACCUCGAAGCUCUCUACUCGAGCACCGCGGUGACGGACACAAUGGCAUACGCCAGCUCCGUAAGUUAUGCCGAUGAAGGAGCUGCUGCGGUUGCACAUGAACACAACGAAGACGGCAUUUCAUUUAGCACAGGAGACGUCACACCACCAACGACAGACGGAACGAUGACAGUUGAUGCUCGACCACCACCUGAAACAGCGGUGGUUCAUAGGUACCUGGCGCCGACACGAGAAGGGGAAGAACAAGAGGCGGAGCUGCUCGCAGACUUGCUACGCGACGUUCCGCCGCAGCGGCAAAAACAGAGGAGAAGGCAGCAACCCGGCCCGGCUCAUAACCCUUCCUACACACAGGCAGAGUCCACCGAGUCGGCGAACACCACCGCCGCUCCUCUCCCCGCCUCAUUGCAGGCGGCGACUGACAAACCGGCCUUGGAGUCGGAUGCCCUCGUCUACAACGUCUUCACCCGGCGCAUUGCCAAAGCGUCCUCGUCUACGAUCCGCAUGCUAGCUCUCAUGGGUAUCGGUGUCCAGCCGGAGACGCGAGAGCUGACGGUGACGGACCCCGAAGCGCUGCAGAGUCUUGCCAGCGAGCUGCGUGCGCACCGCGUGUCGUGGCCGAAGCUGUGGUCGCGGGGGCCUCUCUACCGCCAGCUAGAGAGCUUGUUGAGUGACGAGCACGUUGCGGACGCGGCGGAGCGGGUGGCGGGGCUGCUGCGCCUUCAGUACAACAAGUCGCAUCUUCAGCGUCAGCGGCCUGGUCUCGUCGUGGGGGAUGGCAGCCCGACAGGUGGGGGCAUCUCCUCCCUCUCCUCUACCUCUGCAGACGCCGCACCGGCGAUGGCAGAAAGCGUCGACGACAAACUUCUUACCGUGCAGGACCUGAACGAGGAGCAGCAGGCGGUGGUGGAACUGAUUAUGCAGGGGCACCACACCUACAUCGGCGGCGGUGCCGGCACGGGCAAGUCCGUUCUGCUGAGGGUGAUUAAGCAGCGACUUGUGCAAGAAGGCCUGGCCGUCGCCGUGACAGGGACAACCGGCAUUGCAGGGACGCAGAUUGGCGGGUGCACGUUGCACCACUGCCUCGGCAUCAACGUGAGUGGCGAGUUCACGCGGCGCAAGGACCUGAGCAGCUACGACGUGAUCAUCAUCGACGAAGUCUCCAUGCUCUCUCUGGAACUCUUCGAGUCCUUGGAGGUGCACCUGCGCCGCGCCAACAACGUCCACCUGCCCUUCGGCGGCGUUCAGAUGAUCCUGUGCGGGGACUUCUUGCAGCUGGGCGCGAUUGACUCCCGGCCCCUCAUCACAUCGCAGCUCUUUCGGCGCUACUUUGUGCAUUUGAAACUGGAGACGGUGGUGCGGCAGAACAAGGACUUGCGCUUUGCGGCGCAGCUGCAGCAGCUCCGACGCGGGCGGGUGCCGGCCGAUCUUAGCGAGACGGUGCGCUUCGUCUCUCCUCAGCAGAUUCAGGCAGCGCAGCAGGCAGAGGUGGAGCUGAAGAGGCGUCAGCACGCGCAGCUGGCGAGGCUCGCACCGCAAGGGGAAAACGGCGGCGAAGGACGCACAACGAAUGGCACGGACACCACGAGCGGUGAUGGCGGGCAGGACGAGCGGCAGUCCGGAGACGGCAUCAGCGGCGGGAAUACGAACUGUGUCUCGGAGAGUACCACAGCGAAUGGAGGCACCCGCGCUGCGGCGGCACCCAUGGUACCCUUCGUGAACGGGGCGGUCAACCUGCUGCCGACGAACAGAGAAGUAAACCUGACCAACGCACAGCAGCUGCAGCAGCUCCCAGGCGAGCCUGUCACCUACGCCCCACAGUUCCUGCCGCCGUGCCUCGUCGGCUGCUGGUCCCCCACCUUCAUCCUACGCGUGUGCGAGCCGGAGAAGCUGCACAUGAAGACGCUGCGGCUAGAGAUUCAGCGCUACCUCGGCAACUUCUACACGAUGGGGCAGCGGGCGUCGCCGGCGUCGCAGCCGCCGGUCACCGCAUCUGCUGUUGGCUUCAGUGAUGGGGAGUGGCUGCUGAACCCGCACCUCGGCGAGCGAAGCGUCGUGCUGUAUCCUCUCUUCGUCGACGCCUUGGUCUUUCGGGUGCGGCUGCCGCUCACGAUGGACCGCGAGGAGGUCCGUCAGUUUCUCAUGCACGUCGCCGAGCUCGACCGGCACCUCGCGACGCUUCAAGUCGGUGUGCGCAUCCGCGACGUCCUUGCUCACGGCGAGGGCAUGCACACGGAGCAGGACGAGUACAUCCUCUCCCAGUACGCCGCUCGAGCUCCACUGGCGCAUUCCUUAACUUUGAAGGUUGGUGCGCGGGUGAUGCUGCGCACAAACUUCGCCCCCGGGCUCGUCAACGGCAGUCUCGGUACCGUCGUGGGCUUCCGCAAGUUGGUGCUGGAGGAGCUACCCCGCUACUUGGUGGGCAACGCGCAGCGGGAGGAGUCCAUUGUGCAGUACAGCGAUUUCCUCCAAUACGAGCAGGGCUUUCAGGCACCGAUUGUCCCGGUUGUCGACUUCAACGGCCGCCAGGUGCCCAUACCGCCCAUGACGCAGUACGUGGGUGGCAUGCCUAACACACACCACUACAGCAUGGGGAUCGUUGCCCUCCCCCUCUCCCUCGCCUACGCCUUCACGGUGCACAAGGUGCAGGGCCUGACCUUGGUGGGCCGGGUGCACCUGGAGCUGUCCCGCAUGUGGCCCUGCGAGCACCUGCUGUACGUGGCCAUGAGCCGUGUGCGCAACCCGGAGCAGCUGUCCGUCUCUUCCUUCCACCAGCACCUCGUGCGCGCCGCGGCGGACUGUCUGCUCUUCGAUGACAGUCUCCCACCGGUGUGGUCAGCCACGAUAGCGCCGUACAUGUUGGCCGCGACGUGGAAGCGCUCCCCGAGCCGGCGGAAGAAGGUGCUGCUCAAGAAACAGCUGGAGGCCUACGUGAAGCAGCGGCGGAGCAAGCUGAUGGAUGACGCGCGGAAGGGUGAUAUUCGAGCGGAGAUACGACUACUCGAGGAGAAGAUGCUGCAGCAGCGAGCGAGGGCUGCGGCCCGGGCGAAGGAGCGCACUUUGAAGAAGAAUGGUUCGUGA